GCGUGUAUGAGCACUUAGGGGGCGUGUAUUCAAUUGGGAUUUUAAGUUCACUUCAUCAAUUAAUUUAUGGGCCCUUCAUUUAUACAUGCUUGCGUUGAAUGAACAAUGCAUCUGUGACUGACUACCUGUUAAAUUAUGUAUAAGAACUUGAAAGUUGACUAUGAUGCAAGUGGCAGAUUCAUGAUUCAAAAGUCAGGUAGGCGAAAUUUAAUUUAAAAACUCGACGGUACGAGUGAAUUUCAUUCAUAAAAAUAAAAAGAUACACCUAAUUGGGGAGGACGUAAUGAGCUUUACCCUCAAAUAUGCAUCUCUAUACAAAUAAAAGCUUAACAAAAAAAACUAAAAAAAUAAAUUAAUGCAAUGCAACACAAAACUAAAUUAUUUAAAUCUAAAACUAAAUUAAACUAUUAAAAAACUUAAGAUCCAUACAUUUAUUUUAGGAAAAAGCUAAUAGAAGAAGAUAACUAAAGAGGAGAGAAGAAGAAGAAUACUUGUUGGCCUUAGAUAUGAGAAGAUGCUGCCAAGAGAGAAUGUCUAGACUCAAGAAGAAGCUGCAAAGGAAAAUGAUUUGGGACCAUCUGGAAUUGGCUGCUUACUUAUAUUUCUCAAAUAUGCAUCUCUAUACAAAUAAAAGCUUAACAAAAAAAACUAAAAAAACAAAUUAAUGCAAUGCAACACAAAACUAAAUUAUUUAAACCUAAAACUAAAUUAAACUAUUAAAAAACUUAAGAUCCAUACAUUUAUUUUAGGAAAAAGCCAAUAGAAGAAGAUAAUUAAAGAGGAGAAAAGAAGAAGAAUACUUGUUGGCCUUAGAUAUGAGAAGAUGCUGCCAAGAGAGAAUGUCUAGACUCAAGAAGAGGUUGCAAAGGAAAAUGAUUUGGGACCAUCUGGAAUUGGCUGCUUACUUAUAUUUCUCAAAUAUGCAUCUCUAUACAAAUAAAAGCUUAACAAAAAAAACUAAAAAAACAAAUUAAUGCAAUGCAACACAAAACUAAAUUAUUUAAACCUAAAACUAAAUUAAACUAUUAAAAAACUUAAGAUCCAUACAUUUAUUUUAGGAAAAAGCCAAUAGAAGAAGAUAAUUAAAGAGGAGAAAAGAAGAAGAAUACUUGUUGGCCUUAGAUAUGAGAAGAUGCUGCCAAGAGAGAAUGUCUAGACUCAAGAAGAGGUUGCAAAGAAAAAUGAUUUGAUACCAUCGGGAAUUGGCUGCUUACUUAUAUUGCUUUCCUUUUUUUUGCUUUUUUUUUUUUUUUUUCUUUUUGAAGUUUGACUGGGCCAUAUAACAGAUUUUUCUUUUUAUCAGGCAUGAGUUCACACCAUCACAUUGGUUGGGUACGAAUGACUUUGCUUACACCUAGGUUUAUUUUUGGAAAAAAUUUGGGGUAGGCAGACAGCCAUAUGGGACUCAAUUUGUCAAUUAAAAGUUAUGCGGGUUAAUCAGGCACCUACUUUUUUCUCUUUGAUCACAUUAUAAAUAGAAGCCAUAACCCCGACUGAGAAACUCACAAAGCAGUUCAUCUUACAAGCUCUUCAUCUCCCUAGCCUACUUCUUGGUUGCCCAACUAGCUGCCAUAUCCACCAAUGGCAUCAAACUUCAUACCAAAGCUACUAUUAGUUCUAGCCUUUGCUGCUUUUUCAGCCGGAGCUAGAAGAAGUGAGCUCGAACUCAAAGAAACCCAUCUGUCCUUGUUCUUCCAUGACAUAGCUUCUGGUCCAAAUUUCACACUAAUUCCAGUUGCCGGUAUCGCGGGCAAGCUCUGGACCUUCGAUCAGUUUGGAACAGCUUUUGUGACGGACGAUCCUCUAACCGAGACCCCUGAUCGAAACGCACCCAUAGUUGGGAGAGGCCAAGGCAUUUAUGUGACGUCAGGGCUGGAUGGACGUAACACCCAUGUCUUGAUAUCCAUUGUGUUCACCAACAAGAAGUACAAUGGCAGCACACUGGAGAUACAAGGAACCAGCAAGCAGUUCGAGAAAGUCAGAGAGGUUUCAGUGGUGUCCGGUACCGGACAGUUUCGGUUAGCCAGGGGAUAUGCGACGUUCGAGACGUAUCUUUGGGAUCCAGCAACUUUCUACUCCGUGGAGAGGUGCAACGUUACAGUGCAACACUACUAGAAGAUUAUGUUUGUUUGUAGGUUUAGAAAAUGGGGUAAAUAAUCAACAAAUAUGGAGCUGUUCAUGUUUGUAUGGAUGCUCUGGUGGUGAUUUAUAAUUUGCAGAUUGUAGGUCUCUGACUCUUUGUUUACCUGUAAUCCCCCCACAUGAAUUUGGAUUCGAAUAAAAUUGCUUCAACUUGUGUUUUUUCCUG